AUGACGUCAUUAUUGCGACUAAGACCUCGCUGUAAUGCGAGCCUGUUUUCCUCACUGCAUAUCUCUGGAUGGUCCACAAGGAACUACACUAUCGCCCAUAGGAAGACCGGAAAUAUGCCAAGUGAAUUCACCCAGAACCCGCACAAGUUGCUCGUCAUUCCCGGGCCGAUCGAGGUGGCCGAUGAGGUACUGCUAGCCAAUGCAUCAGCCUCAGUCUCGCACGUCUCCGCGGGCUUCAUCGGGAUCUUUGGGGAGACGUUGAAGAUGCUCUUACGCCUGGUGUACACGUCUGCGGAGGCGGGCAGCCAGGCGUUUGUGGUGAGUGGCUCGGGGACGUUGGGAUGGGACAUGGUGGCCGCGAACCUGGUGGAGCGAGGGGAGCCGGUGCUGGUGCUCAGCAACGGCUAUUUCGGGGAGGCCUUCAAGGACUGUCUCGAGGCUUAUGGGGCCCACGUCGAGCUGCUUUCGGCCAAGCUCGGCCACACCGUCACUCCGUCCGAGCUCGAGCAACAUCUUCAGACGGCCAAACGAACCUACAAGCUGAUCACCAUCACCCACUGCGACACCUCCACCGGCGUCCUGGCUGAUGCCAAAGGCCUUGCAGCCGUCGCCACCCGGCUCUCCCCCGACUCCCUCAUCGUCCUCGACAGUGUCUGUAGCGUCGCUAGCGAGGAGAUCAGACUCGACGAUUGGAAGCUCGAUGUCGUCCUCACCGCCUCCCAGAAAGGCCUCGGAACUCCUCCCGGUCUUUGCAUCUCUGUCGCCUCUGCUCGCGCACUCAGCACGCUCGACCAUCGCAAACCUCCCCCCGGCAGCUACUACGCCUCCUGGAAGAAAUGGCUCCCAAUUAUGAAAGCCUAUCAGGCAGGCACACCGGCUUAUUUUGCUACACCAGCCACAAACCUUAUCACUGCCCUCCACAAGUCGUUGAAAAUGAUCCUGGAGAGCCCAGGUUUGAGUCUGGAGGAACGGUUUUUGCGACACAAGCAAGCCUCAAAGAAGGUCAAAGAGGCCGUCAAGCAACUGGGCCUCAAGCAGCUCUCGGUUGAUGAUCAAUCGAGUGCGCACGGGAUGACGGCAAUCUAUUUGCCCGAGUCGAUCAAGCCAGGCGAUGUGAUGGGCAAGAUGCUGGAGAAAGAUCUGGUGAUCGCCGGCGGAUUGCAUAAAGAGUGCAAGGAUCGCUAUGUGCGUAUCGGCCACAUGGGGCUCACCGCCGUCGACGAGGGAGGGGGCGAUAUCGCGCGGAUCAUCGAUGGAUUCAGCGACAGCUUGAAGCAGCUGGGCCACCGUCCCGUCGGAUCUCCUCUGGUGCAGUCUAAGCUAUAG